CAAACCUCGCUGCCCAGUCGCCUAUCCUCGGAACAACCGCCAAUUGCAUUAUCCCCUCGUGCCAAGAUGACUGUCGCCGAGUCCGUGAAGAGUGCCGUUGGGCUUGCGGAUAGCACCGCUGCUUCCCGCCAGGAAAUGUCGGAUGCCCGCCUUCCCCUUCAGUACCGCGACUCAUGCGCACACCUUUUGAUCCCAUUGAACCGUUGCCGACAGCAAGAGUACUACCUUCCCUGGAAGUGCGAGGACGAGAGACAUAGCUACGAGAAGUGCCAGUACGAGGAGUUCAAGAAGCGCGUUGCUAAGAUGGAAGAGCUCCGUGCUGCGAAGGGUGGUGCCCGGAGCAACUAAUACCACACAUAUCGGCGCGGCAUUCGAGACGGGCAAAGUAGCGGGUUAUGUACAUAGAUAUUCUGAGAUUGUUUGUCCAUGCACCGACAUUGGCGUUGGGAUUCAUUCGCGAUUAAGCUUGCCGACACCACACCGGUGACAACCGGAACAUCAACCGGCCAACCAACGGCUUCAACUGUAUCUGGUGAUCGCCUACCUGAUUUCCUCGCGCUUUUUAUGACGAGGUCAGAGUAUCAGAAUCGUCAAAAUACCUGGCCCUGGAUAAGACACCCAACUCCGUCCAGGAGGGAAUUCGGCCCCGCCAACUCCACCAUUGCGACAGAAUUAGAGUGGCAGACCCUCGUGCAAAACUCCGAACAAUUGAUUUCGGCCCUUUCCCCCCUGUAUAAUAGGAACCGCACCCCAUAAAAUGCUCAUAGGCCAUAUCAGCUAUAUCGUUACUCGUUAGGGGC